UUUAGAAUGUUACAAUCAACAGCUCUUGGUUUCGUUUUCUGUUUCUCAUGGAAAUAGAUCCUGUGCUAUAUCAAUUAAAACGAGCAGCCAGCCAAGAUCCCGCCGCUGUGAAAGAUGCAGAGACGUAUCUUCAAGAAUGGAAGAAAGAACCUGGCUUCUUUGCCAAAUUGUACAGUAUUUUUUUAGAUAAACAAAACGAUGUCAGUUUGCGGUGGCUUGCCAUCAUUCAAAUUAGAAACUCUAUUGACGUUAUUUGGAGAAAAAAUACAAAGUCAUCUCUGUUGUCUGGAGAAAGGGAUUUCUUUCGAAAUAAUGCUCUAGCUGGGUCUAUACACUCAGAAGACCAACUUGUUGUUCAAAAUGCUUUGGUCUUAUCCAGAAUAGCUCGCCAAGAUUACCCAACGGAAUGGCCUUCGCUGUUUCAGGAGCUAAUUUCUAGCCUUCAUCAAAACUUUGAUGCCCAACAACCCCAUUUAGCAUUGCGAUUACUUAUAACCUUACACCAUAUAGUCAAAGCCAUGGCUGGAAACCGGUUGCUUCAAGCUAGGAAAACAUUUUAUGAGGUAACUCCCCAUCUUCUUUUGACUUUACAACCAAUUUUGGAUUGGCAUCUUUCCCAAUGGAUUCAUUCGCUUGAAACUUCGUCUACCCAUUCGUCGGAAGCAAUGUAUUACUCUAUGCAGAUUUCACGCUAUGUCCUCAAGACAUGUAGAAGAUUGGUUAUUUUCGGUGUACCAAACCCUAGUGAUAGUGAAUUCAGUAGAGAGAUGCUUUCUUUUGGAGCAGUUUCUCAACAAAAAGUCUUGAACUUACUUUCCAAUCUCUACAUGUCGCCUUCAUCAUCGCAGAUUGAUGACCGUAUCUCUGAGCUAUUGUUUGCCCAUGGUUAUCUUUUCAACAAGUUAUUUUUUGAUUUUGCUUCAUAUUCUCCAUGUUUGACAGUCUUCCCGUCUACCAUUGACUAUAUUUCCGUCCAUAUGUCAUGGCUGUUACAGGUCGACAAGCUUUUUUUGGCUUCUUCCGAUUUCCCUGAGACAAUGAAAGACUUAGAAAAGCUUUCUCUAAUGAGUUUGAGAGUAUUCAUUACUAUUUUGAGAGAAAUUGAGGAUACAAAAUCUUCUCAUCCUGAACAAUGCGAAAAAAUUCGUCAAUCAUUCUUUUUAAAUGAUAGACAUUUCUUGCUUCUGCAAUUCAUUAUUACAAAAUUGCUUGUUCUUUCUGAAUCCGACUUUGAGGAAUGGUCAGAAGAUCCUGAACAAUGGGUCCUUGAUCAAUCCACCCACGACGCCGACUAUAACAUUCGGCCUUGCUCUGAAAACUUAUUGAAAUGCCUAUUUGACCAUUUCGGGGAGUUUUAUUCCCAUCAGUUUGAAAGUAUGCUAGAAUCGGUUUUUCAUUGCCCAUCUACAUUGGAAGAGUCCAUCCAGCAAGAUGCUCUUUUAUGCUCUAUUGGUACUGGUGCACCUCAUUUGAAGGGUAUGUUUCCGUUUGCUGACUGGUUGAAAAAGGCAGCUAUCCCCAAUUUGGCGAAAAUUACCAAUGGUGGAGUUGCUCGCAUCUUAAGAAGAAGGAUAUCUAUCUUUUUGUCUCAAUGGAUAGACUACCUACCCUCUGAUGGGCCAUUGAUGGGGUUCAUAUAUCACAUUUACGCGCUAUUACUCAAUCGAAAUGAUCCCUGUAAUGACUCUGUUGUACGGCUCACAUCUAUAGAUUCUUUGCGAGCUGUCUUGGAUGAUUGGUCGUUUUCAGAAAGCGAUUUUCUGAAUGUCAAGAAUGAUCUUUUUUACAGUGUUUUAUCAUCCAUAAACGAGUUUCAAACUUUGGAAGGAAAAACCUCAACGUUAACUUUACUUGGCACGCUACUUUCUCGAGCUGGAACUAACAUAGCUCCUCUGGAAGAAAUGACUGCUUCUCUUUUAGGCCAGUUAUGGAAUGAAUGGGCUAGUGAGCCUAUACUUCGAACAAGAAUUUUGGGAGUCUUGACUCAAUUCGUGAUUGCAAUUAAACAUAAAUCGAUACAGUUUUCCCGAAUGCUAGCUAUGAUUAUCAACUAUUGCGUGAAUCCCGAGUCUCCUGAAAUCGUUAUGUACGAAGCAGAUGCGAUGGAGCUUUGGAGUUGUUUUCUUCAGUAUGUUCAAGAGCUUCCUGAAGAGUUUACGCUACUCAUUCCACAUUUGUUACAUCAGCUUUCUCAAGCUACAUCAUCCCUUCCUUUUACCUUGAUGAUUUUGAAUAGCUAUCUCUUACUUGAAAGCGGAGUCAUCAUCGACAAUUAUUCAUUUGAGGUUCUAGAAAGGUUGACGAGCCUUUUGAAUGACGUGAAAAACGAUACGCUUUUAGCUCUAUGUAAAACACUUAGUUUAAUAUUUGAAGUGAAUGUUAAAGAUUCUCUUCAGGAAUCCCUGAACCGCUCUACUUUGCUUCCUGUUUUGUCGAAAUCCAUCAUAAGCUCAGAGAAACAUGCUCAAACACUUGUACAGUAUUCAUUGCUGUUAUCUCGAAUUGGCCUAUCAUUUCCAAACUUUAUAAUAAACACGUGUUUGGUACACAGGCUAAGUGUGUAUAUGCUGUUGCAAAACUGGAUUUCAUUGUUUGAUUAUAUUACGCAUGCUAAAGACAGGAAGCUGACAGCGCUUGCAAUUACCUCCUUGCUGCGUACGAAUGCUGAAGAAGUGUUGGAGGCCUUGAGUCCAAUCAUGCAUCUUUGGUUUAGUGUUUUAAGCGAGGUUGAGGAAGACGAACAGGGAGACGCACCUAUCUACUAUAAAAAUGAAGAUUAUUCCACAGUUGGAUUCUACUUGGACGAGAGCUCAGAGGAGAUGAGCCGGCGUAAAAUGGUUUUGGCCAGAGAUCCUGUUCACAGUGUGCAGUCAAAAGCCUUUUUUGUGUCCACCUUCUUCGAGUGUCAAGAAAAGAAUGGAGGACCAGAAUUAUUUGAAAAAAGUUACUUAUCCAUGGUGGAUCCUGCUCUUUUGGAUCAAAUCAACUCCAUGUUAUAAAAGUAAAAACAAAUGUGAAAUACAAAAUAUUAGACAGGAUAGGAAUAAAAAAGUGGAAAGCGUUACUUUUUUGAUUUUUGAUCGUGAACUUUGACAUUACAUUGUAAGGAAAGAAAAAAAAAAAAAAAAAAAAAAAAGUCAGAAGUAUGUAAAAUAAACACACAAAGGAUAGGGCCAACAACGACUUUGGUUUUCCUGAGGAUUCAUUAAAGUAAAGAGAUUUCCGAAUGGAAUGAAUCAUUACUAAAAAAUAUAACGAUUGGAAC